AUGUGCUGGGUCCUGUUUUUUCCCCCCUUCUUUAGUGUGCCUUGCGCUGCGGUUUUCCGUCCCGAAGCCGGCCUGCUCUCGCCCUUCUUCGCGGCCGCACAGUUCAGCGAGCUUCGGCCCUAUCGCCCCCUGCUGGCCACCGACGGAACUACAGCCACGUCUCCCGGACAUGGCCUUUUUCCUCUUCGGAGUGCGCUCUCACUGAUUAGUCAGCAGUGCCUUUCAUUAACUGGAAAUUGUGAACAGACAACAUGUACAGAUCAGUGUCUUACUUCCACCACUUCUGUGUACACGAGUGGUAUAAAGUCUCCAGAUGUUACUAUGAAGACUUGCGGCACACCAGAGGUGUGUGUCAGUGGGAGCAUGAACCUGGGAGCGAUGAAAAUGGGCUUCAAUUCCAAAUGCUGCAAAAUUAAUAAUUGUAACAGUGAAACACUUCCAGCUUUACCCAGACAGUCUCCAAAUGGAAAAAUAUGUUACACCUGUGAAGGUGACAGCUGCUCAGGAACAGUGAGUUGUGAAGGAAAUGAAGAUCACUGCAUCACUGCAUCAGUUAAACAAGGAAGUAACACUCUGUCAAUGAAAGGAUGUGUAUCCCAGAUCUACUGUGCUGCUUCUGGACCCACAUCCAUGGCAACAAUCGGUGCAACAAGUGUAAAAUGUUGUGAGGGAAAUUUGUGUAAUGGUGCGGAGAUGUUCAAACUGAGUUUGCUUCUCAUGAUCGUCUCUCUGCUCUUCUUUUUUCUUUUUUAUUUAAAUCCCCACUAAUGGAGCAGCUCAUUUGAAUUUAGUUCAUUUGAUUUCUGUUUAAAGUUGACUGUGGUAUAUAUUGUCAUAUAAAGACAUAAAGAGGAAACGAUGAUAAUGAUGUAAAAGUUUAAAUAUUUUAGCAGUUUAACAGUCUAAAAGUACAGUGACUAUUACUGUCUUUUUCCUUUUUGUGGUGAAAAUUGUCACAUUUCAGUGAUUUCCACUUUUUUUUCUCUCUUUUCUUUUCAUUAUGACAACAUUAUUAGAUCUGUUUAUAAGCUUCUGUCUAAAAGUAGAAUCGUGAGCAGUGCUUGCCAAGUCAUGCUAACUGUAAAAAUGAUUUUGGGUCAAUAAAUAAUACACAUACAUUUUUUAAUAAUUACUUACAAUAA